UUUCCGAGGAGACCCUGAAGACAUCAUACUGUAGCGUGGCGAGGGCGUACCGUGUGACGUAGAGCUGAGGCUCUGGCUGUUUAUUGUUCGUUCCCCAAUACCGACAGAGAAAAACAGGCUAACAAGCUGUCAGCUACCUUUUUCACACGGUUCACUGUUGGUUUAACGAAGGUGUAACGGUCGAGACAGCUGACUGCACAAACCAGGGGCCAUGGCGUAUGCGUACCUCUUCAAAUACAUCAUCAUUGGAGACACGGGUGUGGGGAAGUCAUGUCUAUUACUACAGUUCACAGACAAGAGGUUUCAGCCAGUUCACGAUCUCACUAUCGGUGUGGAGUUCGGAGCAAGGAUGAUCACUAUAGAUGGCAAACAGAUCAAACUGCAGAUCUGGGAUACGGCUGGUCAGGAGUCGUUCCGGUCCAUCACCAGGUCUUACUACAGAGGAGCAGCAGGAGCUCUGCUAGUCUAUGACAUCACAAGAAGGGACACCUUUAAUCACUUGACGACCUGGUUAGAGGACGCUCGCCAACAUUCCAACUCCAAUAUGGUCAUCAUGCUCAUUGGCAACAAGAGUGACCUGGAGUCGAGGAGAGAGGUGAAGAAAGAGGAAGGUGAAGCAUUUGCCAGAGAACAUGGCCUCAUAUUCAUGGAGACUUCAGCCAAGACUGCCUCUAAUGUAGAGGAGGCUUUCAUCAACACAGCCAAGGAGAUCUAUGAGAAGAUCCAGGAGGGAGUGUUUGAUAUCAACAACGAGGCUAAUGGUAUUAAGAUUGGACCCCAGCAUCCUACCACCAACUCCACACUGUCCGGUAGCCAGGGAGGCCAACAGGCUGGAGGGGGCUGCUGCUGAAGCCCCAAAACACACCACCUCCUCCCCCAACCCCAACCCUUCCUCCUCCUCCUCCUCCUCCUCGCCCUCUCCAACUCUCCCUUGCGUUUCUACAGAACUGUCCAGGCUCACUAACAGUUUGUUAACCUUUCUCUCGCUACCGCUCCAUUCUUUCAUCCAUCCAUCCAUCCCUCUGUGUCCUUUUUCUCUCUCGGUCUAUCAGCCAUGUCUUUCCUCAGUCCCUUGAUCAUACCCGAGGGUCUAGGGGCUGUGUCCCCGUAAAUCAACCUGACUUCCUACAGUCUUACAAGGACAGUCAGUCUCACCUGCAGGGUUAGCCACCAAAUUCUUUCUUUUUUUUUUUUUUGUUAGAUAAAUGGAUUUUUAUCUUUUUAUUAAAAAAAACUAAAAAAACAACAUGCUGGAAUGUGAAGAAUUCUGUUCCAGCAGUUUAAUUUACACACUCCUCCUAAUUCAUGAGGUUGUUGUUGGGAUAUGACUUUAUCUCAGAAUCAUAAAAAAAAAAAGGUAUAUGUUCAAUAACAACAUGGUUAGAGAUUCAACACACUCAUAACAACUGACUGUAUGGAAUAAACCAUGAAAACGUUUAAAAAAAAAAAUGACGCAGCACGUAGAUAGCAGGGCAUGUUUCUACAUGUCGAGUCAGUUUUCAUGCUGUGCCUGUGUGUGUGUGUAUAGGGACGAUAUAGGUAUUCCAGUAUGUCCGUUUGGGAGGGUUUAGGAGGCAUUCAAGUCAUUCUGUAUCUUCUGUCCAUAAAAACAAAGUGCAAAUUAUGUUAUUUUUUGUGCUACCUUUCCCUCUUUUUCGCCAUGUUGUUUUGUUCUCUCUCUCUCGCUCUCUCUCUCUCUGUCUGUCUUUGUUUCCUUUAUGUUGACUUGCAGAUGAUUUGUAUUUAAUGAACACUACAAACUGGUUGUGGCUUAAAACGUGUUUUAAAUUGUCUGGAGAGAGAAUAAAAGACAAAACUGUUGAGUGUGAAAAUGGAUCCUUUUGGGAACGACAGACAGGAAAAGCAGGAAAGUCAAAGAAACGUUAAGGGACAUUGAGAGCAGCGGCCGCCAUUAUGAAGUAAAGAAGCAGAAAGAGGACAGUUGUUGGAAAUCAAGACUUUCUUGUUGACUAUAUUUAUCAGGCACAUUCUUGUGUAUAUAUGGCUAUUUAGGUUUCUGUAGCUUUUUUUUGGCCGUUUAAGGUGAAGCUAGGUGUUUUGUUGUGGUCUAGUUAUUUCUUUACCAGGGCUGGAAGAAAAAAAAACAUACUGGACCUUCAAGCAGCUUUUUGGCAUUUUUAACAAUUCUCAUUUAAACCCAAAGGUAUAGAGUCGCCCUGUUACAUUAGGGUUGGUCAUGCCCUUUCUUUUAAAUGACAAGUAUGAAUGAUAACAGGCUGUUAACAGGACCGUGUAGAGGCAUUCAAAGUCCCUGGUGGAGAACCGACUCCAACUGAAAAUGUCAAGGCGUCUCCCUUUUAAGCAAGCAAAGAUUUACACCGUGAAUUAGCUGGCAGAUAUAUAAUGUAUACUGUUUAGAGCUUGAUCGAUGACUGCUGCAAAUUUGUUUUUGCUUCGAGAUCCCCAAUGUAAUAUGCACCAUUUUAUUGUUAUGAUCAUAUUUUAUUACUUCAGUUACGUAUUGCUCAUCCUCCCCUCUCAUCCCCACUCCUUCUCUCUCUUUCUCAAACUGUUUGGUAACGUUAGCUCUGUAUCUAUUUCUAAUGCCAAAUUAUUGGGUUUACCUGUGUUUUGUCAACAAUAACAAAAACAGAAACGGAAUCAACACCGCCCAUGUAGUUGUCCUGAAAUCAGCUGCCUGCCUUAACUCCACCCCUGAGAGAUUUGGACAGCUGCUAAAAUGAAUCAAACUGACCCUUUAUGUGCAGAUAGGCAUUUUACCACUAACUAGCUAGUCGACGAUGCAUUACUCAUGCAUAGAUACACACUUAAGAGAUAGGUAAAGUCAUAGAAAAAGGCCUGGUUUGAAUUUUGUUGGGGGCAUUUGAAAUUAAUCCAGCCCCACAUGUUGGCAUUUAUUUUUUUUUAUUUUUUUUCCAUCUCCUCCAUGCGCACACACACCCAGCCUGCAUACAGUAUAUGCAUGCAUACGUAUAUGAUGCAUACAUAUAUUUCUGUUUAUCUAACCUAGCUUUUUUCUCUCAAGGCUAACUGUAUAACUGUCGGGAGUAUUUUGGUUUCACAGCAGUACGAGUGAAUCUGUUUUCCUCGGCAGUGCGUUCUUCUCUUCUUUUUUUCCUUUUUUUAUUCUUAGAUAUAUUCAGACAGUUAUUAAUCUUAUUCUGAUGAUGAUUAUUCUUUGUAAAGCAAAAUGUAGUGUGUAUGUAUGUGUGUGUGUGUGUGUGUGUGUGUGUAUGUAUGUGUGCGUGCGUGUGUGUGUGGACCCAGAGGGGUUACAGGGGGAGGAUCAAGCCAAACCUGAUGCAUCUAUCUAUCUAUCUAUGGAUUGAUCUAGCUAUCUUAUCUAUGUGGCCCCUCCUGUCUCGCUCUUCCUGCCCCUCCCCCCUCCCCCCCUCAACGUUAUUUGCUGUGUUUGUUCUUUGGAAAAAACAAAACUUAAAAAAAAGAAAAAAUGAAAAUGCUAUCACAAUAAACUAUAAUAAAACAUUCUAAA